AUGGCUUUUAAACCGCUGUGGAACCAUCAUGAAGACAUCACGGUUGAUCCUGUUCCUGUCUAUCCAGAAAACCCUCCCUCUGAAUUGCAAGAAGGAUUUGAAAUUGGAAUUGAUGGAAGAGCGUACGACGUGAAUGCGGAAAAAAGGGAGAAAGAAAAGGCUGAAAAAAUCAAAAAACAGCUGGCUGAAUUCAGAAGAAUGGAAGAAGAGCGCAAGACGAGAGAAGAACGUCGGUUAUCUUCAAAAAAGGGUAGCAAACAUGAGAAAGAUGAUCAUGAAGAACGCCGAUUGGAACGAGAGCGACGUCAUAGGGAAAUCAGAAGACGGGAAGAGGACGGAAAACAAAAAAAGGAAGCUGAGGAUCGUCGAAAACGCGAAGAAGAGAAGAAAAAAGAAGAGGAGAAACAAAAACGCCACGCUGAAGAUAGUCGAAAACGAAAAACUGAAGAUAUAAAAGGAGAAUAUUUGAUCGCCCAACGAGACCUUAUGUUUUUCAAAGAGUUGGACGUGUCUUUAGGACCACUUGUCAUCAAGACUGAAAAGAAAGUCAAAGAAGACCGAACUUCGUGGAAGGCUCUUUGCCAUAUAACCAAUAUUCCUUCGGAGUUGAUAUCAGCAACUUCUGAGGGAAAAAAGACGGAAAACUACUGUUUAGUGACAAAAGAUGACGAAAUGCUCAAAAAUUUCGAUAAAUUUGUGAGAAACAAGUCAAAAGAAUUUUGGGAAGCCAAGGAGGCAAUCGUUGAAACCUUCAUUAAGUCACAAAAAGUCGAUGAACCAGAAGACAGAAAGAAACCAUCAUCUGAUUCGCGGCGAGGUGAAAUCGGCCGAUCAAAAGAGUUAUGCAGAGAUAGGGAACGAUCUAGGGAGAUUGAGCGAACCAUCGAUCGAGAUAGAAAUAGGGAUCGUGAUCGGAUCAGAGAGCGUGACCGAUCGAAGCAGCGUGAAAAAGAGCGGACUCGUGAUAGAAAUCGAGAACGCAGGAGGUCUCGAAGUCGCGAAAAAAGGACUCGAAGAGAUUCAUCCGGAUCAUCUUCCAAUCGACGGACUGGUUCAUCAACCCGUCCAUCAGCAUACAUGCUUGCAGUGAGCAAUCUACAAUCGACCGGAUACCAACCAGCGUAUACUGCUAUUCCUGGCGCGUAUUCCGUGUCGCAAUCAAUCAUAAAUCCAUCGGCGGCACAGCCCGUUUAUCAAUACGAUCCAAUAAAUUCAAAUCAUGUACCAAGCGUGAAUCUUCACCUUCCUGCCGUGGCCGUCCCGCCAGCUUAUGGAUUCGGCGUUCCGGGACAACAAAUGAUGCCUGCAACAUUGUCAGCUGCUUCAGUUCAAACCUAUGCGCCUGCUCAAAACUUUACGCCGGUACAAAAUAUUCAGACUUACAAUUCAGCUCAAGGAUCUGUAAAACCGCCACCACUUAUGUCACUGGUAACAGCUCCUGUCUCAACGCCCAGCCAUCUAGCUCAACAACCAUCACAAGACGCUCAGCAAAAUCCGCCCCAAAUGACCCGCAAUAUGAGGAAGAAGAGGAACCGAAAAAAUCGAAUGUCCCAGCCGGCCACUGCAAGUGCUACGCAAAACCAAAGUGCCAUGAAAAUAAAUGAUAAUUUUGAUGGUUCCACGAGCAUUCCUGUUGACCCAAUCCCUGACUUGUUUGACGAUGUUUUUCUCUAA